GCCUUGCAGUUCCUCCGCUGACCGCCCCAGUAGCCGGUCGAAGUCAGUAGCAGUCUCCCCGUCGCUGGGCAGGUGGCGUGUACACGCUACCGAGCGAGGUAGAAAUCACAGUCGCGAUUGGCGGAAAGAGCGGCCCGCCGUACCAAGCGCCAGCGGAGCCCAGAUCGAAGGCGCUCGGCGCUCCUAAAUCCCGACCGCCAUAAGACGCCAUCUUGCUCUCUACCUCCACGACGUGCGCGGGUGCCCCCUCCCCAUUGCCAGCGAGCGGCCAGCUCAGCACGAUCGGUUCUUACUCGAACUGAGAGCGGAACAUCGUCCGAUCACGAAGGCUCCUGUCCCACACCCCUCCCUCAACCAUGGCGGCAUCCAACGCCCAGGGUGUUAACGAGAAGCAUGACAUUGUGGACGCCGAGGCUGGUGGUAUGCGGAAACAGAAUACGGUCGCCGCUCUCCUGAAUGGCGAGGUCGAUCCGGCGCACUGUACAGGCAUUCUGGCUGCUUUCUGCUUCAUGACAGGGUUCAUCGAUGCCAUAUCCUUUUCCGCCGUCUUCGUCUGGUGCGGCUUCCAGACCGGCAACUUCAUCCAGCUCGCCGUCGCCAUCGCCCGUCUCUGGGAACCUGGCGAACCCCGCUAUUUCCACAAGCCUGACCAACAAGCCCUCGCAUCCCUCAUCGCCUUCAAUGCUGGCGCCUUUAUCGGCCGCAUCGGCGACCACGUCGGCGCGAAGCGGCGGUCAUGGCUCGUCGGUGGUAGCUUCAUCGCCACGCUCUUUACCAUGGCCGCCGCUGUCGCGAUGUAUCGCUCUGGCCAGGACGUGGACCCCAUCGCGAGCAACCGCGGGGACCCGGCAUGGACGAAUGCGACGACGUUCGUCGCGCUGUGCUUCAUGAGCGCGAGCUUGGGCAUCCAGGGGAUCAUUGCGAAGCGGCUGAACACGCAGUUUGGGACGACGAUCGUCCUCACGACUAUCUGGGUCGAGCUCAUGGCCGACCCUGGCCUCUUCCGCUUCCGCGAGCGCGUCAAGACGCGCGACCAUCGACUCAUCGGCGCGGGCUCCCUCUUCCUCGGCGGCUUCGUCAGUCGCGCGUUGCUGGCCAAGAUAGGAGCUGCAGGCACACUCGGCGUUGGCACGGGCAUUCGCAUACUCAUAAUGGGCGCGUGGCUCUUCGUGCCAGGUAAAUUAUAACAUAUCUCGGAGACAUACUCCAUACUCUUAGACUUCACGAUUCGGAUAGAGCCAGGGGUGGCAGGGCAGCUUGUUGUAGAAGGUAGAUCGUUCAGCGGUAGUCACACAGAAGUUUUGCUUUGCAUACAGUAUCCGUCUCUAUUCUCCCUCCAUACUGACAUCUCUCUCCGCAUAUUUGCGUCCGUGGACUGCCAAAUACAAUGGACGCCACUGCCUCAGCAGAAAACAA